UUACGUACGCGUAAAAUUAACUGGUCCUUUAGUUUUAUGAAUCCUAUCCUGUUGUACGGUUUGGAUGAUUUCAUCGGGUUUUUCAGCUUGCGUAUAGUAAAAUUACAGGCACUGUUUUUUCUGCAACACACGUGCGCAUCUUGGUUUGAAAGGGAAAAUACAUACAGUAAUCUGUCAGAGCGGUGUUACGGUUUUUGUUUUGCAGACUUUUCUGAUGCUACACUGAGCGUGGCUGAAUAUAAAGAUGCUCCGAAAUCUUAGCGACUGCAUGAAGGAUUACCCUGGUCUAAAGCAGUUUGCUGCAUAGUUGACUGUUGGAGGUGAUUUGGUUUGCCUACAGCAUUUUAAUGGAAUAACUUCGGAAAUAUUAAUAAAGGAACAUUUUUGUGCCUCUGAGUUAUCAUUUCUAGUGCUUGGUCUGCACAAUCUAUACAAAAUGACAACCGGGGCAGAUGUACGGGAUAUUCUGGAGCUGGGAGGUACAGAUCCGGAAAACACUGGGAUAAUUAGUAAGAAGGAUAUCAUCAACUCGGAUAAGAAAAAAUCCAAGAAGUCAACUGAAACCUUGACCUUUAAAAGACCUGAAGGGAUGCACAGAGAAGUUUAUGCACUACUGUACUCAGACAAGAAGGAUACUCCUCCCUUGUUACCUAGUGAUACAACACAGGGCUAUCAGACAGUGAAAGCCAAACUUGGUUGCAAGAAAGUGCGACCCUGGAAAUGGAUGCCUUUUUCUAACCCUGCCAGGAAGGAUGGUGCUAUCUUUUACCACUGGAGACGUGUUGCUGAUGAAGGAAAAGACUAUCCAUUCGCCCGAUUCAAUAAAACUGUCCAGGUACCUGUGUAUUCAGAGCAGGAGUAUCAGAUGUAUCUUCAUGAUGAUGGAUGGACCAAAGCUGAGACAGAUCAUCUCUUUGACCUGUGCCGACGGUUUGAUCUUCGGUUCAUCGUUAUUCAUGACCGUUAUGACCACCAGCAGUUCCGGAAACGUUCUGUGGAAGACCUGAAGGAGAGAUACUACAACAUCUGUGCCAGAUUAGCCCGGAUCCGUUCGACACCUGGAUCUGAUCUCAAAAUUCCUGUAUUUGAUGCUGGACAUGAGAGGAGAAGAAAAGAACAAUUAGAGAGACUUUACAGUAGAACACCUGAACAGGUGUCAGAAGAAGAGUAUCUAAUCCAGGAGCUAAGGAAAAUUGAAUCCCGCAAGAAAGAGAGGGAGAAGAAAGCACAGGAUCUACAGAAGCUCAUCACAGCUGCUGACACCACAACUGAAAUGCGCCGGGCAGAAAGGAAAGCCACUAAAAAAAAGCUACCCCAGAAGAAGGAGCUAGAAAAACCAACUGUUCCUGAGACAGCAGGCAUCAAGUUUCCAGAUUUCAAAUCAUCAGGGGUCACACUGAGAAGCCAGAGGUUUGACAACACAUCUGCAGUAGGCUAUGAACUGUAUAUUGAUUGUGAAAUACUAACUGGAGUUGUUACUAAGAAAUAUUUUGAUUUCUUGAAUUUAAUGACAUUGUUUUGUACUAUUUGUUUAGUGAAUGAUUAUUGUUAA